GCCCGUCUACUUCCCCUCUUCGUAUUCCGUCUCUCGUCUGUAGCUACAAUUCUCCAUCCAAUUGAAUCACUCUGCCCCAUAUAAAACCAAUAUGCCUUCACUUCGAGCCAUAGCUCUGGCAGCUCUCUCAGCCAGCAGUGGCCUAGCUGCGCCAACCAGCUCCAACUCGUCCUCGUCUGGCUGCUCCUCUGUAGACGGCCCUCUCCCACCCUCCAAGGAUCCAUGGUACACGGAGCCCAAGGGCUUCGAGUCUUCGCCACCAGGUUCAGUCCUGCGCUACCGUGAAGCACCCGGUAACCUGACCACGCUCGUCAAUGGCACCGAUAAGGCGUGGCAGAUCCUCUACCGCACCAUGGACAGCCAGUACAAGCCUACUUUUGCCGUGACGACGCUCUUCAAGCCGAAAAACGCAAACAACGCCACCCUGCUCUCCUACCAGAUCCCCUACGACACGGCCGACGUCGACGCAAGCCCCAGCUACGCCAUGUACGACUUUGACAAAGUUGUCGGUGCCCAGGCCAUUAUUCCCGGUCUUGCGGCUGGCAUGUUUGUCAAUGUGCCCGACUACGAGGGCCCGCUGGCAUCCUUUACAGCCGGCGUCAUCUCCGGCCAUGCCACUCUCGAUUCCGUCCGUGCUGUCCUCAACCUCGCCAAGGAAGUUGGGCUCGCCGAGGACGCAAAGUACGCCAUGUGGGGAUACUCUGGCGGUGCUCUGGCGAGCGAAUGGGCCGGCGAACUGCAGGUUCAGUAUGCCCCCGAGCUCAACUUCUCUGGAAAUGCCAUGGGCGGCCUUACGCCCAAUGUCACGAGUGUGCUCUACAACAUCAAUGGCCAGGUGGCGGCUGGUCUUGCCGUGUCGUCUAUGCUCGGUCUUGGCAGCCAGUACCCCGAUAUCCUGAAAAAGUACGUGGAGAAGCUCAACACGGAUGGGCCAUACAACAAGACGACGUUCCUGUCCGCGUACAACAUGUCGCUGACCGAGGCGGGCAUCGCCUUUCUGGGCAAGGACAUCAGCAAGUACUUCAAGGACGGCUUUGACGACUUCCUCAACAACGAGACGUACAAGAUCAUCUACAACGACGGCAUCAUGGGAUACCACGGCGUACCCACUAUGCCCAUGUACAUGUACAAGGCGGUCCACGACGAAAUCUCCAAUAUUACUGACAACGACGCCCUGGUGGAAAAGUACUGCAACAUGGGCGCCAACAUUUACUACUCGCGCAACAGCGAGGGCUCGCACUCUGAUGAGGGCCAGGCGGGUGCGUUGUCGGCCUUUGGAUGGCUCUCAAGCGUGUUGGGCCUGCAGCCUCUGUCCUCGGAGUACCCGACCAGAGGAUGCAAGACGGUCAAUGUGGCCAUAAAGACCAACAUGACCUCUUCGUAGAAUCGGGGGUUCCUAGGAGGAUAGGCUUCGGUUGAUGAGGGUAUGUCAUGAGUGAUGAUUUUCUGGUUGUUGGUCUUUGUCUCUUUUUUUGUACAUACGCGCAAGUCCACAAUGAAUAUAUGUAAUUCUUGGAAACUAUGAAUCUAUGUAAAUCUCGAAAAUUUUGAAUAUCCCCCGUCUUCCUUAUAUUCCUGGUACAAAUUUGAUCCAUUGUGAAAGGUUGGUACAUGACAGUCUAUUUGGUCAUCU